CUCCUCAGGGGACCAUUCCUGGUGGCACUGGGUCGUUCCUGGCAUCCAGAGGAGUUCAACUGCCAUUAUUGCCACACGUCUCUGGCUGAUGUCAGCUUUGUGGAGGAGCAGAAUAAUGUUUACUGUGAAAACUGCUAUGGAGAGUUCUUUGCACCUACAUGUGCCCGCUGCAACACCAAGAUCAUGGGAGAAGUGAUGCAUGCACUGCGGCAGACCUGGCACACCACUUGCUUUGUGUGUGCAGCUUGUGGAAAGCCCUUUGGAAACAGCCUCUUCCAUAUGGAGGAUGGUGAGCCAUAUUGUGAGAAAGAUUAUAUUGCACUCUUCAGCACAAAGUGCCAUGGCUGUGACUUCCCAGUUGAGGCAGGAGACAAAUUUAUUGAAGCUCUUGGCCACACAUGGCAUGAUACCUGCUUUGUUUGUGCGGUGUGCCAUGUGAACCUGGAAGGACAACCUUUCUACUCCAAGAAGGACAAGCCCUUAUGCAAGAAGCAUGCACAUGCCAUCAAUGUGUAGAUGCUUCAACAUUGCAUCAAAAGCUGUUGCAAAUAAUACAUUUGCAUGUGUGGUUUAUGGCAAGACAUCAGUGUCUAUCCAAAUGACAAAAACGAAUAUAAAAGACAUACAGUAUAGUAAAUAGCAUAUUAGUAAGAGGAUGAAACUAGACAUUUGGACAUUUUUAGGUAUUUCUUUGUCUUUAUUAUAACCCUAAUACAUUUGCAUACAUGCACUUGUUUGUCUGAUAAAGGAAUUUAAGAGAUAUAACGUUUUCACUUUUUUUUGUUUUGUUUGGUGAAUUUAUGCAACAUACAAUUUUUGUGAUAUUAGUGACUAAAACCUUAAUUUGAAAGAUAUUAAUAUUGAAGAUUGAAACAGCCUGAAAAAGUCUAUGCAUAUUACUACGCCUUAAAAUUUAAAGUAAACUUAAAUGUGAUUUUAUUCCAUUACUAUUUGUUUUCUUGAACAAUAAUGAGGCCUAUAGAUCCCUGACUUGCUUAUCAAUCACAAAAGGAUGUUAAAUAGAUUGAGGCUGAAUGUUGUUUUGCAGUCUUUUCAAUAAUGAAUGGGUGUUUUAUGUGUUACUAAUCUUGUGCUUUUAGUGUGUGGGAAAGCAAGUGAGCUAAUUCAUGCAUAUGUGAUGUCAAUAUUAGCAUUAUGUGUCAUAUUUUUAUCUACUCAUUUUAAGAAUGGGAGCAGGGCAUCUGAAAAGGUAAUAGAAUUUAUUUUAAUUUAUUAAUUGUUGCCCUCACAGUGUAUGCAAGACAUAGUUAGCUGUAAUAAUGUUCAGCUCUCAAGGAGUAUUUUUUUCUUCAAUUAUUCAUGUUUUGCCUUGUCACCUAUGAUAGUUGAUUUUUGUUGUUAUUUAUUGUGCGCAAAACCUCAAUAUUUACAAAAUCUUUGCAAAUGGUGUACUGUUCAUUUGCAUGGAUAAUUGACUUGUUUUCUUUGCCAAGAAGGAGGGAUUCAUAUUUUUAUUUAAUAAAUACUUUAAUUAACCAGACGAGAGGCACACACAGGAUGCAAGUUGUAUUGUUAAUAUGUAACAAAUGGGGUACCUGAUACUUUUUUUUCUCUGUGGGUAUAUGCUACCCAAUUCUGAUGUACAACUUUAAGAUUACAGUAAAGUUUUUGUUUCAUGACUAGUGGCUAUUAAAGAACGUCAUGGUUAAAUUCUGAGAUUGUAAUUCUAGACACUCAUGUUUUCCUAUGUGAUAUUGAUAUUUUAU